AUGCCUUCACCAGAAGAUGUUGCUUGGGCAGAUUCUUGCUUGAGCAAAGAUUCUGACGUGUCGGACAGUGAUUGGAACUUGAAUGCUCUUAAAGAGGCAUUGUUAGAAACUUCUACUCCACAAUAUAAACCAUCUCUUAAUGAGGAGAAUACUGAUGAUUUCUGGUCGAGUCAUAAAGUCGAAGAUAUUUUCCUCCCGACGUACAAUGAGGAUUCGAGGGACCUUGAAUUGUCUGAUGAUGAGACUGGCUUUGUUUAUCAGACAUAUGAGUUGGAUCAACCGACGAAAGACAUUUUCAAGGUAUGGGAUUUAGACCUACCACCCGAAGACGAUGAUGAUGAUGAUGAUCUCGUGAAGCAGCUAAAUAAAGCCCUUGGAGAAAACUCCUUAGAUUCAAAAUCUCCAAUUUCCGAUGAUAAUGUUACCAAGGCAUGGAAAGAUUUGCCGGGCGAGUCACUUGACGAUCUCAUUUCUGGAAUUGCAGAUCUCGCUUUGAAUCCAAGUUCUGGCGGAUGA